UGACGGCGAAUUUCGCUUGGAAACUCAUUGCCAUAAACCUCUCCGAAAUGUUCUGCUGUUGCCUCAGUGUUCCUGUUUUUCUCGUCAUUACAGCGAUACACUCUGGAGGAGCAAGAUUCGCAGAGAGUCCGAGGGACCAGGAGCCAGUGGAGGGGAGCUCUUUUUCCGUCACGUGCUCGGCCGUCGGAGCUCUGUUCCUGGUGUGGUACAAGGAGGGCAGCAUCAUCCCCGGCAGCAGUCAGGACUACAACCAGAGCAGUGUAGCUGUUGGCAGCACCACACUGAGUGUGUCUGCAGCCAUCCACUCGGUUCACACGGGGAACUACGAAUGUUUGGUCUUUUUCCCCGACACCAGCAUGGACAGUGCACCUUUCAGCGUCAAUGUCAAAUAUAUCGAUUCGGUCAUUGGCAUCCGAUUAGCAGUCUCAGGUUCCAACUGCUCAGUUGCUGGGGGGAUUGACGUACCUGCUGGCUGUCAACUGAGUUUCCACUGCAACCCUCCUGACGGGUAUCCAAACACCACACUGGUGUGGUACAGAAAUGGUGACAUCUUGCAACGGACAAAGAGAGUGGAAAUUUCAGAAGAUGAUAGAGGUUUAACGAUCGGGGAUGCUUUGUUUGAAGACUCUGGCAGCUACCAGUGCAGAGCAAGCAACGGCAUUGGAAUUACUAGACACUCGCAAACACUCACUGUCUUGGUCAGAGGUGCAGGUCGUGGAUUGAGGUUUCUGGAGAGAGAGAACAUGUCUUCUUGUGAGGCUGGGUCUGCAGCGAGUGUGGCUGAGGGAGGAAUACUCCAACUGAGCUGCUGCAUAGUGGAUGCUGUGGGAAUUGUGGAGUUUCAGUGGCUUUUGGCGGGGAGAACAAAGCUGGUGGAGGGAGGCAGACUAAGCAUAAUCUCCACAGGCAACAGCUCAACUCUGCAGGUUCUUGGAGCAGCUGUGGAGGAUGAAGGAGUGUACUGCUGUAUUGCCAGUGAUCACCUCAGCACCAUCAAAAGGAACGUCUCUGUGAGCGUAAUGGUCCACAGAGCGAUAGUGGAGUGGCCUCCACCAGAGGUCCAGGGGAGAGAAGGAGACAGAGCUCAGUUUGACUGCAUUGCCUCAGGCCGACCCGUCCCAGUUGUCAUCUGGUUAUUCCAGUCAACUCCUGUUCCCACAUCCCCAGCUGGCACGGGGCUCUGUGAUAUGGGGAAUGGAUCUCUCCUCAUUCCAGUCCUCCAGCAACGGCACUCAGGGACCUACCUCUGCAUGCUGAAAGACCCACCACUCGACAUUCGCAGCUUCUCCCUCACAGUGGAA